AUGUCCACAACCGCAAAUACAGGCUCGCCUUCCAACAGCCAAAACCACCACCACCACCACCAUCUCCCUCGCAACAAUGACCCCGAUCGAGACUUUCUCUCACGUCGGGGCCGCGCCAAAAACCAUGUCAUCGCCAUGACUGGUGAAUUCGUGGGCACUACCCUUUUCCUCUGGUUCGCCUUUGCUGGCGCCCAAACCGCAGCCAUCACAAGCGGAGGUGUAGCAAAUACGCCGACUCAAGUUACCUUGACGAGCUUGGCCUUUGGCUUUUCGCUUCUCGUCACCGUGUGGGUUUUCUAUAGGAUCUCCGGAGGAUUAUUUAAUCCAGCUGUAACCCUCGGCCUCGUCAUAACCAAGAAUCUCCCUUGGGUUCGCGGCCUCCUUCUAUUCCCUGCUCAAAUCCUCGGCGGCAUCAUCGCCGCCGCCCUCGUAAGAUGCAUGUUCCCCGGUCCCUUGGUCGCGGGCACAGUGCUUAGCAACAACACUACGCCAGCCCAGGGCGUCUUUAUCGAAAUGUUCCUCACCUCGCUCUUGGUGUUUACCAUCCUCAUGCUCGCCGCGGAGAAACACUAUGCCACAUUCAUGGCUCCCGUGGGAAUCGGCCUAGCGCUGUUCGUGGGCAUGAUGGCAGGUCUUCCGUACACGGGUUCCUCCAUGAACCCGGCGCGAAGUUUCGGCCCUGCUGUCGCAGCCCCCUAUUUCCCGGGGUAUCAUUAUAUUUACUGGUUUGGACCGAUCAUGGGCGCCCUGCUGGCCGCCGGGUACUACCACUUUGUCAAAUGUUUCCGGUAUGAAGAGGCGAAUCCCGGCCAGGACGCUGUUAGUCCCGAGGAGAAGAGCGGAGAUGAGGAGAUGGGGCCCUCAACGAUGGUCUGA